AUGGCCCAGUCACUUCAAGGCGAGGAAGAGCCUCCUCACACCCCGGAAACUACCAACCACUCAACAACCCAAUCUAAUUACGACCGACGGCGUGAGCAGGUUAGACGAGCACAAAAAAAGCACCGAGAACGAAAGGAGAACCACUGUCGUCAGCUCGAAGAUGAGCUCUACCGAUUAUAUCAUCUCAUCACCACGGAGGAAGAGUUGCGGAAUCUCCGAUUCGAAAAUGAAAUUCUCCGCGAGAUUAUGAUCCGUCAUUCAAUACCAUUGCCUACCGAUAUGCCAGUAAAAGAGACAUCAUGGGUGGAAGUAACGUUCACUAAUAAUGGUGGCCAAGAUCAACGUCUACAGGUCAAACUGCCAAAUCAAUGGCCUGCCCCGCAGGAAGAUUAUUCUGCAGGGCCCAAUACAGGGUCACAAUCGAUCCAGCCAAGUGACCCCUCUACCGAGCUCUCGGGAAUAAGUGACCCAACAUAUUACUCCAGCGGCAUAAAUAUUGCCCAACUAGGAAUUGAUUUCGUAUUAUCAAUUGAACGACCCUGUCUCUUCCACACACAUCACUCUAACACCGAAGACCCAUCUGGACAUGCAUUAUCAAUGCAAGGAAUUUUGCUCUCCAGAGCCCCGCAGGAUCUACACGAUCAGUCUACAUGGGAAGUUUCCGCCCGGCAACUGCAGAAGCUUUUCGAGCUCUCGGGUUGUCUUGGAUUGGAUGGGUACAUUACCCCUGUUCAAGCGUGGAAUCGUAUCAUUAGUCGUUUGGAUUUGGAGCAGAUCUUGGGUCCCGGAUUGGAGGGCUUGAGGUCUGCUAUGAUUCCCCAUGUUAAAUGUUAUGGGUUCGGUGCCUUGAUUGAGGACGAUGAAUUCGAGGAUCUAUUCCAGUGUAUCUUUGGACAGUAA